CGGAAACUGUGUUAAGUGAGAUAAGUGAAAUCCACUAUCGAUGUUUUUGGGUUCAUAGUUUACGCAUAAAAACUCACAAAACAGUGUUACCUAGUUUAUUACUAGUGUCUAAGUGCCGAGUACUGUUUGUCAUUAGGAACACAAUUCAAGAAAAUGGCGCACAUUAAAAGUCAGUGUACGAUAUUAGUUUUUUUCCUGUUCUGCUUAUUGCAGACACAGGCAGUGUCCGGAAGUCUAAUUGAUCGAUCGGAAAAUCCACUUGACGAAUUUACCAGACAACUUACAAAGUCAACGGAAAAAAUUUCAGAUAAAUUACAUUUGAAAUUAGAAGAGUUCAAUGUCGAUAAAUACGUUGAUCAAAUUAAAGAUAAAGUUCAUAAUUUUAAUGGUGAUUUUCAAGAGGGCAUUCAAAAGUUGGAAGAGUGUCUAGAAAAAUUCAGAAAACAGUUGUAUGAAGUUAUCCCUAACCAGAUUGAUCGUUUAAUCGAUGAAUUAAAAGAAAAGGAUCCAAAAGCGGCCGAGAAUGUAAAACAUUUGAAAGAGGAAUUAAUAAAUUUGAAAGAAAAAUUUAUUGCUUUGUAUGAAAGCUUAAAGAAAAAAUUCAUAGAAAACUAUAGCAUGCUAAAGGACGAAGCGUUUUUAAAAGCUAAGCCAAUCUUCAAGCGUUUGACACCACUCAUCAAGGACGUCGAAGAGAUUAUUUUGAAUCUGAUUUCUGAUAAGCAUGAAUCGAAGAAAUUAAAAGGAUAAAAAUGUGGGUGUGACCAACAACUUAAGUUACAUACGCUAUAUUUUUUGUUUAUAAUAUUUUGAAAUUUCAAAAGAAAUUGGUUAAAACUGAUUAUAUAUUGUACUUUUGA